AUGCCGAGGGAACUUAUCACCCUCCAGGCCGGCCAGUGCGGCAACCAAAUCGGCUCGCAUUUCUGGGAGCAUCUCUGCCGAGAGCACGGCAUCGCCAAGGAUGGUACUUUGGAAGAGUACGCCGCCGAGCAACAGGGCGGAGACCGCAAGGAUGUCUUCUUCUACCAAGCGGACGACGAGCACUACAUUCCACGCGCCAUCCUCGUCGAUCUAGAGCCUAGGGUGAUCAACAACAUCCUCUCUGGACCAUACAAGAAUCUGUACAACCCCGAAAACAUUUACAGCAGCAAGACAGGAGGCGGUGCUGGCAACAACUGGGCGCAAGGUUACGCCGCAGGAGAAAAGAUCGCCGACGAGCUCAUCGAGAUGGUCGAUCGAGAAGCGGAUGGCAGCGACAGCCUCGAAGGCUUCAUGCUCAUGCACUCCAUCGCAGGUGGUACUGGCUCAGGUCUCGGCUCCUUCCUGCUCGAAAGGCUCAACGACGCCUAUCCGAAGAAGCUCAUCCAGACCUACAGUGUCUUCCCGAACUCCGAAGAGACAUCCGACGUCGUCGUGCAGCCGUACAACUCGUUGCUCUCCAUGAAGCGACUCACCAACAACGCCGACAGCGUAAUCGUGCUCGACAACGCCGCGCUCAGCAGAAUCGCCGCCGACCGACUUCACCUGCAGAACCCGAGCUACAGCCAGACCAACCAGCUCGUUGCGACCGUCAUGGGUGCCUCGACCACCACGCUACGCUUCCCUGGCUACAUGAACAACGACCUGGUGGGCAUGAUCGCGUCCUUGAUCCCAACACCGAGGGCGCACUUCCUCAUGACCUCCUACACCCCCUUCACAUCGGACAAUGUGGAGCGCGGCAAGGCGACGAUGAAGACCACCGUGCUCGAUGUCAUGCGUCGGCUGCUGCAGCCCAAGAACCGAAUGGUCAGCACGCUCGGCGCGUCCAAGUCGAGCUGCUACAUCUCCAUCCUCAACAUCAUCCAGGGCGAGGUGGAUCCACGCGACGUGCACAAGUCGCUGCUGCGCAUUCGUGAACGUCACCUGGCGAGUUUUAUUCCGUGGGGUCCCGCGUCGAUCCAGGUGGCGCUGUCGAAGCGCAGCCCGUACGUGCCGAGCUCGCAUCGUGUCAGCGGUCUCAUGCUCGCCAACCACACCGGCAUCGCCAGCUUGUUCCGCCGCAUGGUCGACCAGUACGACCGCCUACGCAAGAGGAGCGCCUUCUUGGAGAUGUACAAGCGCGAACCCAUGUUCGCCAACGACCUCUCCGAGUUCGACGAGGCAAGGGAAACCGUGGCCGAGCUCAUGGCCGAGUACAAGGCGGCCGAGAGCCCAGACUACAUCACAGGCCAGCCCGACGAUCUUUGA